AUGUCAAAGAUUAGACAAAAUGUCGGAUUUGAUGUUGAUUCUGAUCAAGAAGGUGAUGAUGGUUUUGGAGAAAGUACCGGUUCGAAUAUUCCACCAUUUCCUCCUCCCCCUCCAGGAUUGGAAGGAAGUGAAUUUUUUAGAUUUAAAGGAGAAAAAGGAGACAGGGGUUUUAGGGGACCACCGGGUGAAUCAAUUAGAGGACCUCCAGGACCCCCUGGACCACCUGGACCACCGGGAGCACCAUUUUCAAGAGGAAAAUUUAGUGAAGGAAUCGAGGGAAUCAGAGGACCGCCUGGAGUUUGUACUUGCGAUUUAACUUCGAUUAUAAAAAAUUUAACGUUACCAGAUUUAAUACCGGGUCCACCAGGAAUGCCUGGAAUCGAUGGUAAAGCUGGCCCUCCAGGCACAUCCGGACUCCCGGGUGCUCCGGGUGAAAGAGGAGCUCAAGGACCUAAAGGUGAAAAAGGAGAAAGAGGAGAUCCGGGAGCUAUCGGAGCGGAAGGUGUUCAAGGACAAAAAGGAGAACCUGGAAGAGAUGGCAUUCCAGGAAUUCCAGGUGCUCCAGGACCACCAGGCCCACCGGGAUUAUCAGAUGUUACUCUGCUAGAUGAAUCUUCGGGAGGAAAUUCCCAUAAUGGAUUAGGUAGACCUGGAAUUAUGGGUCCAAAAGGAGAUCCAGGUAUUCCAGGAUUACCGGGAGUAAAAGGAGAAAGAGGAAUUCAAGGAAGUAAAGGAGAAAGAGGAGAUUCCGGUGCUAAAGGAAAUAAGGGAGAUAGGGGUCAUCAAGGCAGUCCGGGAACACAAGGUUUUAAAGGUGAGCCCGGAUCUCCGGGAGUUGAUGGUUUACCAGGAAUAAAUGGUGAUAACGGAAGACCCGGAAACAAGGGAGAAAAAGGAGAGCCAGGAGCUACUGGUAAAACGGGUCCCGUUGGUCCUCCUGGCCCCCCUGGAAUAAUAUCACCCGAGGGAGAACAAUCAGGAUUAUCGGGUUUAAAAAUAUCAGAUUUAAAGGGUGAUAAAGGUGAUGUAGGAUUAAAAGGAGAGCAAGGAGAUGUGGGUCCAAAAGGAGAAAAAGGUAAAAAAGGAGAUGAAGGAAGUCCCGGUCUUCCCGGUUUAAACGGAAAUCAGGGAGUCGCCGGAGACAAAGGAGAACCUGGAAAAGAUGGAGCACCCGGUCUAAUGGGUCCUCCAGGAUUGAGAGGCGAAAGGGGACCACCCGGGCCCGCCACGGUUGCCAACAGUAACGGUUACAUUACAAUAAAAGGUGAAAAAGGUGAUAAAGGAAAACGGGGUAGAAGAGGAAAACAAGGAUUUCCUGGUCCCAUUGGACCUCCGGGAAAACCUGGAUUAAUGGGAGAAACAGGUCUUCCAGGUUGGAUGGGUCAACCAGGUAGGCCAGGUCCUCCGGGGCUACCGGGAAUAGGACAUCAAGGUGCAAAAGGAGAAAAAGGGGAACCAGGAGAAAUAAUUAUCGGAAUGAGAGGUCCUCCCGGACCACCCGGACCUCCGGGUCCACCGGGUUUACCAGGAACUUCAAAUCAAUUUGUGCCAUCGAACUUGUCCCACGAAGAAUAUCAAUUUAAUUCUGGCGUACCAGGAUCCAUUGGAUUAUUCAGAGAAUCUAAUGGUAGAAACGAUGAAGAAAUAGGAUCUCGUUCAAACAUAUUCGGAGAUUCUUACGGUCGUACAGUUUUUACAAAACCAGGGAGUAAUAGAGGAGCAAUAAAAGAAUUAAAAAUUGCAACUCAGCUCCAUCAAUUAAAAAAUUCCCUUAAUACAAAAAAUACUAGUAGUAAAUUUAAUCCAGAAGAUGGAAACGUUAAAAUUGUUCCAGGAGCUGUAACAUUUUCUAACAAAGAAACAAUGAUGCAGCUUACAUCUGCAAGUCCCGUUGGAACGAUUGCUUAUCUGAUAGAUGAGGAAGCAUUGCUCGUUAGGGUAAAUAAUGGUUGGCAGUAUAUAAAUUUAGGAGCCACCAUCACGGUUUCAAGCAUUCCUCCGACAACGACUUCGCAGCCAUCAUCUAAUUCUCCGCCUUUUGAAAGCUCAAAUUUAGUAAAUAACAUUAUUUUACCACUAAAUGGACCAAGCCUUAGAAUGGCGGCAUUGAAUGAACCCUCAAAUGGUGAUAUUCAAGGUAUAAGUGGAGCUGAUAGAGCUUGUUAUAGACAAGCAAGACGAGCAGGACUCAAAGGAACAUUUAGAGCAUUUUUAUCAUCGAGGCUCCAGGAUUUAGAAUCUGUUGUUCGCCAUAUUGAUCGAAACCUUCCAGUUAUAAACAUUAAAGGAGAAAUAUUAUUUAAUAGUUGGAAUAAUAUAUUUGAUGGAAGAGAAGGACGGUUUGCUGCAGAAAAUCGUCGCAUUUAUAGUUUUAGCGGGAAAGAUGUCAUCACUGACAUUCAAUGGCCCCAGAAAAUAGUAUGGCAUGGAACAAAUAUCAAAGGUGAAAGAGUUUCAGAAACUUACUGUGAUGCUUGGAAUUCACCAUCUGACAAUAAAGUUGGUUUGGCUUCAUCCUUACUUCAAGGAAAAAUUUUAGGACAAGAAAAAUUUUCGUGUAAUAAUAAAUUCAUAAUUUUAUGUGUCGAAGCAUUAACCGAACCUCCAGUAGCGAGGAAAAAAAGAAACGAAGAAUAA